AUGCCUGGAAGAUGCUUCCCCAGGUACCAGGAUAUUGACGGAAUUAAAUACUCGUUAGGAUACCGGGCUGACUGUGUUCGCGAUGCCCUCAACUACUCGCCUCGAGAUGGAGACAUUGUGAUGGUGUCCCACCUCAAGUGCGGCAACAACUGGCUCGCUCAGAUAAUCCAGCUCAUUCUUCACAGGGGACAAUCUGCUAAAGAUGUGACAGAGUUUCGUCGUCGCACAUCGUACAUAGAGUUCGUGGGCACAAGCCGCUUGAAAAACACGACGGCGCCACGCUUUUACAAGACGCACUUUUCUUACGAACGACAACCGAUGAACCCCAAAGCGAAAUACGUGUACCUCACGAGAAAUCCUCUAGACGUCUGCGUCUCCCUGUACCAUUUCACUCGCUCGAUGCCGGUCUACGAAUUCGAAGACGGCGCCCUGGACGCGUUUUUCGAGCUGUUUGUGACGGGAAAAAACGACCGUGGCGACUUCUUCGACCACCUCCUCUCCUGGUAUGAUCACAAGGACGACCCCAACGUGUUGAUCAUCACGUACGAGCAGCUCAAGGGGGACUUCAGAGGCACGGUCUUUAGAUUAGCUCGUUUCCUCGGCAAAGACUACGAGCAACAAUUGACGACUGACGAAGAGCUCUUCGAGAAGGUUCAAGAGCAAAGCGGUCUUCCUUUCAUGACUGAGCUUUUAGAGUUUACGCAAGAGAACAUGAGGAGGCUGGAAGAGGAAAAGGACACAGAUGUUUGUCAGGCUGUAAAACGAUUCGUGUGCGACCGUAAUGGGAACCUGAGCUUUACGAAUCUUGUUCGCAAGGGGGUCGUAGGCGAUUGGAAAACGCUCUUAAACGAGGAGCAUCUGGACCGUUUGCGGCGUAGGGUUCUAGACAAGAAGGCGGCGCCGGUUCUCAAGGCUCUGUGGAAGCCCGAGGAUGUAGGAUACAUCGUAUAGACUUCUUUCAUAGCAGAACUCAGGACAGGUUUGAGCUCCUCGCUGAACGUGAUUGUAUAAAAUUAGAGCGGCUAGUGCAGCUAUAAUUUCAUACGUUGGCUCGACUGCAGCGCGAGCCAACGUCCUUUGCUGUUCAUUGAAGGUGCGGCUGAAAUCUGCAACGUCGUGCGUUUGGACCGUGCUUUGCUUCGUUCAGAAGUGGAAAAGUGGUUUAUGUCGUGCUAAUAGGCACGCCACAAGUAGAGAUGUUAGUGCUGUGAGCGCAAGGAUGCGGGAAAUAUGUCGGUCCAUGGAGGCAUGUGUUGCGAACGCUGUUCAAAAGGUGUUGUGUGCGUAAUGAGCGAGUUAAUUGGCAAAAACGGCUAUCGAUCCUGAAGGGCAAGGCAAAACGGUUCCUCUUUCACAUCUCAAAUACGAACAAAUUCUGUGAAGGAGCUGUUCUUCCAAACACAAGCAUGUUACAUGGCCUAACGCUUAAAUGCGCAAGCAAGAGGGCAGAAGUCGGCGACUGAAAACAGGACGACCCUUCGAGACUGAGAAAAUUUUGACACAAAGACACCUGGACCCUGAAAAUGAUAUCUCGUGUUCCGAAGUGGCAAUUCGGAGCGGUUCGUUAAGUCAUCGAUAAUGGUGGCACUAAUUCGCAGAGUGACAAUGACUUGCGGCCGUUUUGUUUCCGUUAUUCAGAAUUCCCUUUAUCUUGAAUGGCUGCGGUAUGUUUCUACUGUGCGUCCACUAUUUGCGCUUGUUUAAUCGCAUUGCGAUGAAGUACGCCCAUCCCCCUUCUCCUCCCCCCAAACACACACACACACGUGCAAACAACACAUAUAACCGCAAUUUACAUCGUCUCGCCUUUUUAUGUCAAUAAGCUAUUGACUCUUUUAAUUUGAAAUGAAACUCUUCUGUAACACCACUUUUCAGAGAAUUCAAAUCAUGGGUAGAGUUAGAGAUAAAUUUACUCGAAGCUGCUGGAAGCGUACGCAAUAAACAAGCUAGGCGCAGAGUGCUGCGUCAAUCAGACGUCAAUUUAUGUACAUAAAAAAAAAAAGAUUGUUUGACAAGGAGUUAUGAUUAUUCGAUGUUUUAGUGGUUGCGUUUUUUUAGUGAGUUCAGGUUUUCGCUGUGGUUGCUGUACUGUUUUUCCUCCGAUUAAAAAUCGUCAGUUGUCAGUUAGCGCAUGCCCUGUACACUUCUACUUCUUGGCCUUGCAUUUUGCGAUCUAAUAUUUUCUUCAUCCAUCUCAGCGUCCAUUCACUGUAGCCUAAUUGAGCAUUAUAUAAUAAAAUGAAUAUGUCAUAAAGCUCAACUGCUUUUCGUUUGGUUGCGUUCAGCAUUACCUGCCAGAAUGAUACCUCCUAACGAUGCCAUCGCUAUGACGACUGCCCUCACUCCCCUCACC